GACGGACUGGUGUGGCAGCGACGAUAAACGCACCGCUCUGAGUAUGGAAAAGGAGUCCAGGUUUAAAGAUCUCUGAUCAUAUCGGGUCCAGGGCCAGCUGGAAGGCCGAUCAGGCGACAGCCAGGCUCACUUAGGAAGGCGACCAACAGUGAGACCGCAACCACACCCACGCUGCUUCACCCAUCCCACUCUGUCAUCACCGCCAUGUCUAUACCCAGCGGCAGCCCAGAGAGAGAGGGCUGUAGUGUUGCUCUCCCUCAGCUAGAGUGCCCUUCUUCCCCUCCCGGCAUGGAUCCAGACCCCCCGUCAACGGGCAGCCCAGUGCUCAGCCCAGACUCAUCUUCCCAUGAUGCAGUGCUGUCAGCACCGGCGGCCUCUCCGGCAGACUCGGAGAACCUGAGUCCUGAUGAACUGGAGCUGCUGGCCAAACUGGAGGAGCAGAACAGGUUGCUGGAGGCUGAUUCCAAGUCCAUGCGCUCAAUGAGCGGUUCGCGGCGCAACAGCGGCUCCUCCCUGGUGUCCAGCUCCUCGGCCUCCUCCAAUCUGUCUCACCUGGAGGAGGACACCUGGAUCCUUUGGGGCCGCAUCGUCAAUGAGUGGGAAGAGUGGAGACGCAAGAAGGACAAACUCCUGAAGGAGUUGAUCAGAAAGGGCAUCCCUCAUCAUUUCCGGGCCAUCGUCUGGCAGCUGUUGGGCAACGCCACGGACAUGCCGGUGAAGAACCAGUACUCUGAGCUGCUAAAGAUGUCGUCCCCCUGCGAGAAGCUCAUCCGCAGAGACAUCGCCCGCACCUACCCCGAGCACGAGUUCUUCAAAGGCCAGGACAGCCUGGGGCAGGAAGUCCUCUUCAACGUCAUGAAGGCAUAUUCUCUGGUGGAUCGAGAGGUCGGCUACUGCCAAGGCAGCGCAUUCAUCGUUGGGCUGCUGCUCAUGCAGAUGCCCGAGGAGGAGGCGUUUUGUGUGUUUGUGCGUCUGAUGCAGGAGUACCGUCUGAGGGAGCUGUUCAAACCCAGCAUGGCAGAGCUGGGCCUCUGCAUCUACCAGUUUGAGUAUCUGCUACAGGAGCAGCUUCCAGAGCUGAACGUCCAUUUUCGAUCCCAGAGUUUCCACACAUCCAUGUAUGCUUCAUCCUGGUUCCUCACCCUUUUCCUCACCUUCCUCCCUCUGCCUGUCGCCACACGUAUCUUUGAUAUUUUCAUGUAUGAGGGCCUAGAGAUUAUCUUUCGUGUGGGCCUGGCCAUCCUGCAGUACAACCAGACUGACCUCAUUCAGCUGGACAUGGAGGGCAUGUCACAGCAUUUCCAGAAGGUGAUCCCCCACCAGUUUGACAGCUGCCCAGACAAGCUGAUCCUCAGGGCCUACCAGGUUAAAUACAACCCCAAGAGGAUGAAGAAACUUGAGAAAGAAUAUACCACAAUCAAGAACAAAGAAAUGGAGGAACAAAUUGAGAUCAAGAGGUUACGCACAGAAAACAGGCUGCUGAAGCAGAGGAUCGAGACUCUGGAGAAGGGUCAGGUGACGAGGGCACAGGAGGCAGAGGAGAACUACGUGAUCAAGAGGGAGCUGGCGGUGGUGAGGCAGCAGUGCAACACAGCCAGCGAGAGCCUCGAGAAAGCACAGGACACCAUCAGAGAGCUGCAGCAACAGAAGUACACAGAGCCGUUUGUGAGCAAUCUGCAGACCCAGCUGGAGCAGUCCAGACUGCGCGAGGCCGAGCUGCUGGGAGCACUGAAGGAAAUGCAAGACAAGGUCCUGGACCUGGAGAAGAGGAGCAGUUGCCUGCCUGAUGAGAACAAUAUGGCGGCUCUGCAGGAGGAGGUGAAGCAGAUGAAGCUGAGGGAGCUGGAGACGCUGCACUCGUUCAGAGAGAUGCAGGACACCGUCACUGAGCUCAACCAGCGCUGGCAGCAUCAUAUGUCCCGUGGCAGCAGCACAGGCGGCGGGGGCGGCCACUGGAAGGAAUCGCCGAAGAAGAACGCCAUGAACGAGCUGCAGGACAAACUGAUGACGGUCAGACUGAGGGAGGCCCAGGCUCAGGCUGAGCUCCGAGAGGUUAAACUCAAAGCCCUGCAGCUGGAGAGCCAGAACCAGAUCCACAGCAAGCUGAUUGGUCGCAAUGAGCAGGAACGCUCCGCCCUGCAGGACCGGCUUCAGAUGCUGGCCAAUCAGAACAAAGCUCUCCAGGCCCAGCUCAACGAGAUGAAAAGGAAGCAGGCCGAGUCCGACUGCAAGAGUAAAGAGGAGGUGAUGGCAGUGCGACUGAGGGAGGCAGACAGUAUGGCUGCCAUGGCUGAACUCAGGCAGAAGAUUGCUGAACUGGAGAUACAGAAGGAGGAAGGGCUGAUCCAGGGCCAGCUGAACCACUCAGACUCCAGACAGUACAUCAACCAGCUCCGGGACCAGAUCGCUGAGCUCAAGAACGAGAUCAGGCAGCUGCGAGGACAGAAGGCAGCCCCCAGGGUCAGCGGCGGAGGAAGUACCAACUACCAGGAUCUCUGCCUGGCCAGCCCCACCUCUGCUGAGGGGGACUACCUGAGCUCAGACGAGGACCUCCUCCACAGCCCGCUGCCUGCCAACGCCCUUUACCCCACCCUGUCCGGCCCGUGUCACCCGUCUGCCCGCCUCGACAGCGAGGGCAGCACGGACAGCGAGGCAGAGGAGCGGGUGAGGACACAUCCGGAUCCGCAGCAGCUAUACGGCAGCAUGGUGUGUGCCGAGGCGCUGGACAACUGAGGGUUUCAUUGGAUUUCUUUGACCUAAAAAGACGCUGGAGCGCUGCAGGACAGGGCUGCUGCUGUAAAGUGGGACUGUAUUCUCCAAUCCGGUCCUUCUCCUCGGCUUUUCCGGUGUUUACCUUCAACUUGAUGCAGACAUAGUGGCAUUGAUUGGACCUCUUCUGAUCAUCACUACCCAUCGUCUCCGCUCCUGUUACCGCCUCCGCCACCUCGUUCCCCACACGACCCCGUGAUCCCUGACAAAGAGGUCGUGCAAAGCCUCUCUCCUUGUUCCCAUGUGUAACUGUGCCAGAAACUGCCCGAUAAGGUACAUAUCCAUCCAAACACAGACAUAUGACACGCAGACAAACAAAAUGAACCGAAACUGGACCAGCGAGGGUGUUGUUGCUGCUCGCUGCUCGAGAUCGACCGCUGGACCUGAAUCUGUGACUGUGACGAGGAGUGAAUCAUGAGUAGUCAGACAGAAAAUGACUCUUCCCUCUCCCUAUGAACUAAGUAACAGACACUUGACACUGUAAGCUCUGUCUACCCUUAUAUAACGCUCCCUCCUGAUUGAUUCAGAGCUAAAUACAUCUUUAUCCUCUCUUUUCCCUUUUUAUGCUUCUCAUUAGGAAGACACUCGAAACAGAACGUCUGUCAGUCAUCCACUUACCUCUCAGUAGACUAAGUGUUAAAAAGAAAACUUAAAAGGUGAUGAGUGUGAGAGGUGCAGUGUACACACCAAACUGUAGGGAUAUCACAAGAUGGCAUUCAUAACAUACUAAAUGUGUGUGUUUUCUGUGUCCGUGGCUUGCAGAUGACAAUAAGGCAAGCAAGUUAAUACAACAGCUCAUGUCAACACAUGUUCACCACAAUCCACAAAAAAGGAAGGAAGAAACUCAACGUUGCCAAAUCUUUUGGGUUUUUUUUAGAAAUUAUUUAUAUGUUGUAAUUUAUUUUGAUAUUUUUUUUAUUUUUUAUAUAUCUAUAUGAAACUAUAAGAGUGUAGAGAUACCGACAGAGGCCAAACUUUCUACACCGUCCUUUGUGCCAACUAGUCGUCUGUUACAGGGUUACUGUGACACUGAGUGUUUCAGAGACGGAAAAUGUGCUGCUAUGAUUUUGGAUUAACUUCUUGCAUUUGGUUCCUUUUGUUGUUUUUUUUGUUGUUUUUUUUAGCUUUGUGAGGUGAACAUGCGACCUCCUGUCAACUCUGCUAUACAUUAGGUUGACAACUACUGUGCAGACUGAUCGAAUCUGAAAACUGAGCGCUUUAACUUGAUUCCUCCCCUGGAGCCUCUCAGCAUUUAGCAGUCAUGGCAACAAUAAAACCAAGCGUUAUCACUGUGUAUGUGUGAGUUAAAGGAACCGUUUGCCAUUUUAGGAAGUACAUUUAUUCACUUUCUCGCUGAGAGUUUGAGGAGCCAGGAGACAGAUGAACCCCAGCUUGUUUUUGCACUUCAGUUUUCAGGACUAAGUAACUUUGAGCUGAACUUUGUCCACAAGUGGCUUAAAGGUAAAUGCUAAAACAUAAAGAAACAUUAGCACAUGUGGAAAUGAGUCAUAAAGUCAGUGAACUGACUCAGUAAUAUCAUUUGCAAAUACAAAACACUAUUUAGCUAAGGUUAGCUAACAUUAGCUAACAUAUUAAGCUACUGGUCAUACCGAACCAAGUGAGACUGAAGCAGCUAGUUAAGCCCCUGAAAGUGUUGAAUUAAGGAAAGAUCAAUUUUAUUGCUUAUUAUUUGAAUUUGUACUGUGCAAAAGAAAGAAUUUGUUAUUUCCUCUUUACAAAGGUUUUUAAGUUGCUUUAAUCAAACGAGAUAUAACAUUUGGCCACAGCUAGGCUAACCCUUUCCCUUUUUUCCAGUCUUUAUGCUAACAUAAGCUAACCAUCUCCUGGCUCUAGUAUUACAUUUAACAGGCCGACACGAGACUGUAUCAGUGUUCCUGUUUAAACUAAUAAGCAUAUUUCCCAUAAUGUCAAACUAUUCCCUUAAUUAUCAGUGUCCCAUGCAAGCAGAAACACAUCCAGGUAGCAGUGCUGAUCUGGAGUCAGCACUUCACCUGCUCAUAUCACUUCCUGACAGCUAAACCUGCAGCAUGUGGGCCAAUGACAGUGGGAGGAGUUCAUAUUGUAAGGAUGCCAGCGAAAAGGCUGUCAUCGUGACUGGAGAGUGUGCAGGUGGAAAGUAUUUUACAUAUCAAACGCUGAUAUAUCGUGUGUAAAAAAAGGUGUAAAAUGUACGGAGAAAUACGAACUUUACAGUGUGAGAGGAAGAAAGUUAUAUAGAUGAGGUUUAAAGCUGUAUCACUGUCAGUCAGGUCUCACUGAAGAUGGUGUAAGGUCAGAGUGUAUAGUUUAUCAAACAGGGUGGAGAGCAGCCAUCUGCUUUUUGUGCUACAAAGAAAGGAACUCUGCUGCUCUUAGCAUUGAGCAGUGAGAGAGGGUGUGGAUUAAUGGAUUCAUGGCGGGAUUAUUUCAUAUUAUAUUGAGCUCCUCAGAGGGAUGGACGUUAUCUGAGUACUUCUCCAAGAUUAUCCAUCCGGUCUUUGUGUUGUCCUUCACUAUUCUUCAGACUGGAAGAUUGGAAGAUUUUCUCUGAAUUCCUGAAAGGCCCACUUUAUGCUUCACAGUGAUAAGUAGUUUCUGUGCAAUACAAAUGAAGGAACGUUACAGGAGAUAAUGACUGCCAUCUUCUAAGAAAUAAGGAAAUUGGAUCUUCCAGUAAUGGCCAUCAAAGAGGUAAAGAGGAUGUUGGUUUGCCCACCACUCUGUUGCAAAUAACAGCUUUUUAGUGGUCAUUGGCGGGUGCAACAACUGAAAUCUCCACACGGAAAUCAGCGUUUGGAUAUCUUCAGACCAAAUCAGUGACCAAAUCUUUUCAGUUUGAGCUCCCUCUAGUUCUUUGUAUGGAAAGAAAGUGGACUGGUAUCGGCACUGUUGAGCAUGAGAUUUAGGCCCCUGGAUUCAUUUACUUUGGGUGAUAACUGGCUGGAUUUCUCACUUCACUCACAAGUUAUAAUCCUUAAGAUUUUCACCUAUCAGGCCUCCUUUUUGAUAACAUUUACGGCUGGAAAUAGCUAUUCAAGGCAUUUACAUUUUAUAAUUGCCUCUCCAUGUAGUACUUGUCAUUGUUACUGGUGGUGUCCGUCCUUUGUGGGAUUCAAAGGCUUUACAGGAAAAGAUGAUGUGGAAGACAUAAGUCAAUGAUUGCGUGCUUGUCAUGUGACGCACAAGGCAACACGACCCACUCUUAUCCUUCCUGAUGUCGGAUUAAAGGGCCGCUUGUGUCCAACAGUUUCUCUAAGGUUACGAAAGUGAGAAUCCGACACUCACAGCCACCUGGUCUCACAUAGCCAGUCAUAUUGACCUAUGGAGAAAGGUCUGGGUCCCCAUUAUCACUCCACAAUGCGGGAAAAAAACUUUAAACAAGUCAGAGUCAUUUCAGGCAGCGUAAAGCCCAGGAUGCAGCGAUGGUGCCCCUUCAAAAUACUGCUGUGGGGUGGCGUAACUUUGGUGGAAUAUUUGCACAUUGCUGGGCGAGCCCUGGCAUUAAAAUGGCUAGGCAGCUGCAGAAGACAGGGCAACAGCUGCAACCUUGCUCGUGGUCAUACUGUUAGUGACCAUUUUAGGAUUGGGAUAACUUUCCAUUUUCAGCAUGUAGGUUGCUAGCUCAGAGGUUGUGGCAGGCUUUUACCACCAGUCCGAUGAGACAGACUAACAGCGUCCUCACGAUGUGAUUGACCAGCUGUGCUGUGGUGAACAAAUGAGUUGGAAUUGAAAUUACCUCUUUAUGAUGGUGGCUUUUCACCCCACCUUGAAGUUUGGCCGUUCUGAACAGCUGUUAACACGUUUACCGUCACACGUGGUUCAACAACGCAUCGUAAGAACUUCUUUUUUUUUUUUAGCGUGGUCUGAUCCCUCUCUGCCUGUGAUUUGUUUGGCUGCACUGUAAACAACUGAUCUCUGGGAGCCGUAAAUCCACCACAACUGAAAUCUUAAGGAUUAUAACUCUAAUAUUUUAGUUUUCAGUCAAACAAAUUAAAAUGUAGAAACUAAUUAUAUGUUUUCAUUUAGGACUUCCCCAAAAUUAACCGUAGUCUAGACCCAGAUCAGUGCUCAGUGUCUUUCAACACAUUAUAGCACAUCUGUACACUGCUGUUCAGUGAUGGUGCUCUGUUCUCACCACUGUCUCAAUACAACUCUUCAUCAUCUACUGUGAUGAAACAUUUUGAUAUGUUUGUAAAUUAGUUUUGAAUAUGGUACGAGCUCUCAUUCUUAAUAUUAUUUUUAUAAUUACCGUCAGUACUUUGGUUUCUCCUGCUAACAGCAUCACAUGAGAUGACCAUAAUUAAACAUCAAAAUGUGCCAUACAAAUAGGUAGAUUUACACUCUAUGCUUAAUGACGUCAUGUAUGUUUAACGAAGGUCUCAUCCACACAUCAGCCACUACAGCCCUUCAUUAAACAGCUGUGUAAUGUAAAGUGAAAUUUGUGUGGACUGAAACUCGAUCACACUGUGUUGCUCCAGAUUUGUCAUCUUGAAAGUGGAACGUCCGCACAGGUUUUCUCCGGUUUAAAGCGGGAAAUAAGACCGCGCUGUGCAAACAGUGUUGCACAUGUGAGUUUUUCCUCACAGACAGUCAGGAAAAAAAAAAAAAACAGUGUCCAUCCUGGUUGGUCUGGUGUAGGAUCUCUCAGAUUUAUGUGCUGUAUGUGACGGCUGUUCAACAUCCACAGCAUCGUACCCAGGAACCCUGUCCACCCUCUCUCUUUCUGUCUUGCAAUUCAACUGAUGUUGUUAUCAAAUAUAUUAAAUGACAGUAAAGAUUAUAUAAAUUCAGUAUG